CCGUAGUGCUCUAAAUGACCGUGCUUCAGAAACGCACUGUCCUCUCGCUUCUUCUCACACCUGUGAAGAUGAUUAGAAAAAGAAAUGAGAAGGAAAUAAUAUUUUUAUGUUACUACAUGGAUCUCGCCCGAAGUGAUGGUGACAUCCAGCUGUGCUUUUGCCAUUGGAGAGAAUGACCAUGUCUAGAGACUAUACUUCCAACCCAACACAUACAACGAUGCAAAAUGCAAUUAUGGAAGACAAUGAGCUCUUUUUUGAUCCUGAUGAGAAAAGUCACUCAGUCAGUGUCUCCAAAGAGAAAUCUCAUGUCAGAGGGAGCAAUUCGUCUGCUUCUUCUUUCUGCUUUCCGCUUUCCUCUUCUACCCCUAGUGCCCUUGAUGUGCUCUCUACCUCGACCCAUAGCAUCACUGCUGCUCCCUCCUCCAUGAGCUGUAUCAUCAAAUGCUCUUCAGCUUCUUCUGAUAAAGAGUCUAUAGAGUCUGCCAUGCUAAGGCCCAAUCCUAUGCCGACCCUUCUUGAGUCUCUUUCUAUGGAGAUCUCACAUAAAGAGUCUGAAUUCUGCCUCUCCAACUCUGACUCCAAGCUCUAUCUGCAACCUUGGAGGUGGACAGUAGCCCAACAACCCACUGUCCAGGAUGCAGAACUCUUGCCCAAGACAGUGCCUUCUUCUCCCACAGAGUCCUGCCCGAACCUGAUUAGCUCUGGCAGCUUGCUGAUGGCUGAACUGGAUGACACACGACGUAAAUUGUCCGAGGUCAUGCAGGAACCACUUAGUAAGCUCAGCAAGAUCAUUGGAGAGGAGAGUGGCAGUCCUAAGUCACCAAAAGGUGACUCGCCUGCCUCCCAAUGUAGUUAUUUAGGAGGUAUACCUGUUCAGAGUGAGGAUGGAACUGGAGGAUGGCACAAAGAGAAUGAGAUUCCACUUGGAGUGUGUAAAACUCCACUAUGGAAGCCAAGGAGAAAACCAAGCAUUACUCCUGAGACCUGCUGUAAGCUGGGUAGCAGCUAUGAGAUCUGUAAUUAUGGUGAUGUCAUGCAAGUGCUGGAAAUUCAGGAGCAUUCUGGCAGAAAAGAGGUCAUAUGCCCAGAGCAGGAAGGUGUCCCACCUGUAAAGUACACUGCAUCCUCAAACCCAGGCAGAUGGCUGGUAUGUGUGGGUUUGCUGGCUUACAGCUUCUUUGUGUUACCGCUGUCUUCCUACAUGACAGGACUGUCUCUUGGACUGGCAUGUGGAUUUAUGCUAGGUCUGACAGUGGUAAUGAUGCUAGGACCACACCGACCAGCUGUUCCUGAGAUGUCCAUCUCUUCCCCCUCUGACAGCCUGCUGAUGGAGUCUACAGGAUCAGCGCUGAGAAAGUCAGCAAAGAGAACGCUUCAGGGCUGGAUGAAUGAGAUGUACAGUUAUGACCCAGAGACAUAUCACCUCUCUCUGUGCCACUCUGUCUAUGUCACUUUGGAUGGAUGUCAUCUACACCUGUCAUACCCACGUGUCAACAUCCCACGGCAAGCCACCUUCAACGAGCCCACUCAUGAAGUCACAUUUGUGCGCUCACGCUGUUUCCAGCUAUCCAACUGCAAGGUGUCUCUGGUGCCGGCAAUCUUGGCAAAAAAGAGAGUCUGGAACAGGAAAUAUCCCAUCUGCAUUAUGCUGGCUGCAGAAGAGCAAGUCAGUGAGGCAGCAGAGGCAAACAGCGAAAGAGCAGAAAAUCUCAACCAUCUGAAGAAGGUAGCAGACCAGACCUCUACUCUGUACCUGUUUGGGCGUACAGGUAGAGAGAAAGAGGAAUGGUACCAGCACUUCCUGUUAGCUUCAAAAACCAAGAUCUAUGGGGAAGAGCCAAAGUCAGAGGUGUGUAGUGUUGGAGGUUCCAGUCAAGGAAGCGAUGAUGACUUGGCCUCGAUGCUGGGUUUAAGAGAGCUGGCUGGCUCAGUGAAAGAGAAGAUUCUGCUGGACUACAACUCCUACAUGGCUCACUUCAUUACUUCAGAUAGCCUCACGCCCAGCCCUUGUCACAGUGAGCCAGGUAGCCCUACUGACACAAAAAGGAUCUCCAGUGAUCCAGUAGCAGGGUGUGAAGAUCCAGCCUGGCUCAAUGCCAUGAUUGGAAGGAUUUUCUUGGAUUUUUUGCAAGAGAAGUACUGGGGUGACCAGGUGGCACACAAGAUCCAAAAGAAACUGAGCAAGAUUAGGUUGCCCUACUUCAUGAAUGAACUGACGCUAACUGAACUGGACUUGGGAACAUGCAUGCCACAAGUGUUGAGUACAUCCAGACCUUCAGUGGAUCACAGAGGUCUGUGGUUGGAGCUGGAGGUAUUGUAUACUGGAUCUUUGCAUAUGGCUCUGGAGACAAAGAUGAAUCUGUGCAAGCUCGGCAGAGAGAGCUGCUCGGAGAAUUACAGCAUCACUGAGCCCAGCAAAACUGUGUGCACAAAGCCUAGGGUGUGUAUCAUUGCAGAUAGUGAUGAAGAGUCAUCCAGCGCAGGCUCGUCUGACGAAGAGGAGCUGAUGUCCUCCGAGCCCCAAGGCCCUCUGGGAGAUAAGAGUAUACACUCAGGGACUGAGGGGCAUUGUGAAAGCAGCACAAGCAGGACAAUUCUGCAUUUUGUGGACAAGAUUGCCAAAUCAAAGUAUUUCCAGAAAGCCACAGAAAAUGAGUACAUCAAAAAGAAAAUUGCUGAAGUCUCCAACACACCCCUGCUGCUGAGCGUUGAAGUGCUGGAACUCUCAGGAACUCUAGCUGUCAACAUCCCACCACCACCUACCGACCGAAUCUGGUACAGUUUCUGUGUUCCUCCAAGGCUAGAUCUGCGAGUGAAACCCAUGCUGGGUGAGAGAGAGGUCACAUUCACUCAUGUCACCGAGUGGAUAGAGAAGAAACUGCAGUGUGAAUUUCAGAAAAUUAUCGUAAUGCCAAACAUGGACGACCUGUACCUGCCUCUUAUGUCUUCCGGGAUGGACAAUACCGACAUGUCUCAGAAUAAGACACAUGCAUGAAGGACAAGGAGGAAAAAAGUGAUAAUGUGCAUAUUGUAAAAUGUGUGUGCCAUUUGUACAAUAUUCCAGAUACAUAAUCUGGCUGUUUGUGUGUGUGGAAAAAUAUGAGUCUUGUUACAAACAGAGGCCCCUGAAUUUCUAAGUGAAACAUAAACUAAUGAGAUGAAAAAAUUGCUGAUUGUAGUGUGCUGUAAUGUGAUUGUAGUGUGCUGUGUAGUAGUGUAGUGUAGUGUACUGUAGUGUGCUGAUUUUUUUACAAAAAUAGCAUCUGAUCAUAAAUUGUCAAAACAGUUAUUUAGACGCCAAAGUAAAAUAAUAAGGAA